GUGUUGCGCAUGCGUGGCGCGCGUAUAUGUGUGUCUGGCGCUGCGGCAGCCCAGUUGGACGGUUUCUUUGGAGGCGGCAGCGCGAGGGCAGCGGAGAGUCAGUCUCAAAGGUGCUACAAGAGCUCUCUACGUAUCAAGUCAGCUAAAUUGUUAAGUGACCAUUGUGCAAAAUUAAAAAAAAAAUGACAACCUCAUGGAGUGACCGACUACAAAAUGCAGCAGAUCUUCCUGCAAAUAUGGAUGGGCAUGCUAUGAAGAAGUAUCGUCGGGAAGCAUAUCACCGGGUUUUUGUGAACAGAAGUCUAGCGAUGGAAAAAAUAAAGUGCUUUGGCUUUGAUAUGGAUUAUACCUUAGCCGUGUAUAAAUCUCCAGAGUAUGAAUCUCUUGGGUUUGACUUGACAGUUGAACGAUUGGUUUCAAUUGGAUACCCUCAAGAACUGCUUAGUUUUGUCUAUGAUCCUACAUUCCCUACCAGAGGCCUGGUAUUUGAUUCUCUUUAUGGAAAUCUACUGAAAGUUGAUGCCUAUGGGAAUAUCCUAGUAUGUGCACAUGGCUUUAACUUCAUGAGAGGGCCUGAUAUCCGAGAACAAUAUCCUAAUAAAUUCAUCCAGAGGGAUGACACUGACAGGUUUUACAUUUUAAACACACUGUUCAACUUACCAGAAACCUAUUUGUUGGCCUGUCUGGUGGAUUUUUUUACUACCUGUGCCAGGUAUUCAAGCUGUGAAACAGGAUUUAAAGAUGGCGAUCUCUUCAUGUCCUUCAGGAGUAUGUUCCAGGAUGUGAGAGAUGCUGUGGAUUGGGUUCAUUAUAAGGGAUCCCUCAAGGAGAAGACAGUUGAGAAUCUUGAAAAGUAUGUGGUGAAAGAUGGGAAGCUGCCUCUGCUGUUGAGCCGCAUGAAUGAGGUGGGAAAGGUGUUCCUUGCCACAAACAGUGAUUAUAAAUACACAGAUAAAAUUAUGACAUAUCUGUUUGAUUUUCCACAUGGACCAAAGCCUGGUAGCUCUCAUCGACCAUGGCAGUCAUACUUUGACCUCAUCCUUGUGGAUGCACGCAAGCCUCUUUUCUUUGGAGAAGGCACAGUCUUGAGGCAGGUGGAUACAGUUACUGGCAAGCUGAAGAUUGGUACCUACACAGGUCCGUUGCAGCAUGGUAUUGUCUAUUCUGGAGGCUCCUCUGAUACAAUCUGUGAUCUCUUGGGGGCCAAGGGCAAAGACAUCUUAUAUAUAGGUGACCAUAUCUUUGGAGACAUUCUGAAGUCCAAAAAACGCCAGGGUUGGAGGACCUUCCUAGUGAUUCCAGAGCUGGCACAGGAGCUUCAUGUCUGGACAGACAAAAGCUGCCUUUUUGAAGAACUUCAGAGUUUAGACAUCUUCUUGGCUGAGCUAUAUAAGCACUUGGACAGUAGCAGCAAUGAGAGGCCUGACAUCAGUUCCAUCCAGAGGCGUAUUAAGAAAGUGACUCAUGACAUGGACAUGUGCUAUGGAAUGAUGGGAAGCCUGUUCCGAAGUGGUUCCCGACAGACUCUCUUUGCUAGUCAAGUGAUGCGUUAUGCAGACCUCUAUGCAGCUUCUUUUAUCAACCUCCUGUAUUAUCCCUUCAGCUACCUCUUCAGAGCUGCCCAUGUACUGAUGCCGCAUGAGUCAACAGUAGAACACACUCACGUGGAUAUUAAUGAGACUGAGUCACCCAUGGCCACCCGCAACCGCACUUCUGGGGACUUGAAAGAUUCUGACAAACGACACCAGCUGACCCGAUCUGUUAGUGAGAUUAAACCACCCAACCUCUUCCCUCAAACUCCCCAAGAGAUCACACAUUGCCAUGAUGAGGAUGAUGAUGAAGAGGAGGAGGAGGAGGAGGAGGAGGAGGAGGAAUAGAAAUUGUAAUUCCUCCUCUCAUAAAGUGUGGCUGUAGCAGUAAUUGGCAAGAACAGAUUCCCACUUCAGAGUCCUAGGGCAUGGGGUGGGAGGGACAACAAAAUUAACACUAAUCAGAAGCCCUUUGUUCUUAGCAAGCUUAUUCUUUGCAGACCUAUUCCAAAUGUAAAGGAUUUUGCACUGGAUGAGGUAAGACAAGAUACAGAUGCCUAACUGCAUUGCUCCUCCUGUGGCAAUGGGAGGAGGGGGCUACUUGUGUGUUCUUUAUUCCUCUCACUGGUGCAUUUUAUUAAAACUGCCUCCCAGGGAUGUUUGGAAUUAGUGCAGUAAGACUGCCCUUAGGUCUUGCAGAGAUUACAGUGGUCCAGUAUCAAUUCAUUAGAUCUAAUACCUUUUGACUUCUUUAGGGACAAAGAUGUAUUUCAGUACCCAAUACUGUAUGCAUGGAAAUGACAGUUAACUGCCAGGGCUGAAUCCAUCCCUUUAAAGCACAAGUUUGCUUUCUGCAAAGGUUUAAUUCUCUAAUUCUAAUGGAAUUUGGCUUCUACUCGCUUUCUGUAUUUGAUGGUUUGAGAGAAGCUAAUUCCAAAGCUUUUAAUAUCUAUAUCCUUGGCAUGUGGUGCAUGUGUUCUAGGAUCUUCUUAUCAGCCUUAUGCUGUGUGCUUGUUUUUGCCCUGAACUUCUUUUCACUAACAAGUGAUUCCUUAACUGAUUACUUUUCUGCUGUACUUAAUGAGGAAAGUAGGGGAAAGGGGAUUAUUUAGAUGUAUUUCUAUGGCUUUGAAAGAGACAGGCAUGAGUACAUCCCACACAGAAGAAAAACUACAGAUUCUGGAAGGGAAGAUUUCAGAUCUGUGGCACAUUUCCUAGCCUUAUUGUCAGUAACACUUUAGACUCUGUGUAAGGGCAACCUGUUAAAAUUCUGUGAUUUAGCUAGCAGUCACUCUGGUCUCUGAAACCAAGUUCCAUUAGAUAGGAGUUCAUGGUCCUGGAGCCAUGCCAGAGAGGGAAAGAGAAACAAAUGCAGCCUUCAGCAGGAUGUCCUUACAAGGCCAUUCUGUUUUACCUCCAUUCCAAGAAUGAGAAUAAUUGAAGGUCUGCUCCAUAUUAUCUGUAAAUGGCUCUGUGGGCCUGGGCCGUUACCCUGUUCAUACAAUUAUGUUAAAGCACACUUUCCUCUGAAUUAUCUUUUAAUGCAAGGCGGGUCAACUUUCUUCUUCGUGUAGACCAGCCAUAUACAUACUGUUUCCAGGGGUAUAUAGCACAUCCCUUACCAUACUGUGCCAUUUGAAUAUAGACCAGAAGCCCUGUUUUAAAGUAUUAGAAUUUUUAUUUUGAAUCAUGUAAUUGUAAUUAAUCUUACUCCAUUAUUAAAAUAGAUUGAACUGCACACCAGCAGGAUGAAGCCGGUGCUGUUCUAAGGGAUCUGGAAAUAAAAAUUAUGAGGUUUCAUACUAAGCAGCUCUGAAGUAUAUGAAAAAGGGUUGAGAAGUGGAUUCAUCAGUGUUAUAUUACUUGCCGAACAAGAUGGCAUAUGAACAAGGUGAAAGGUUGUAUUGUAAAUAAAACAUUCUUUAAAAUUUG